AUGUUGCCCGCUUGGACCCCUCCUCCCCACGGGGCGCCGGGGGCGCAGGGUGCGGCCUGGGGCGCGGGCUCCGCCAGUCCUGCGGCUGCGCUGCUGUCCGGCCGGGCUGCCCCGAGUCUCUGCCCCGCUGAGUCCCCGGUCCCCGGUCCGGGUCCCCGCCAGGCGCUGGGGAUGGACGGCCGCCGGGGCCUGGGCCUCUGCUCGCUGCUGGCCGCGCUGCAGCUGCUGCCCUGGACGCGGGCCGCGGAGCCCGUGGAUGUCUUGGAGGUUCUAGGUGUGCGAGGGGGCCAGGCUGGUGUCCCUGAAAGGCCUGGCCUGUGUCCCCACAGAGUUCCAGAGGGUGACCGGGCAUUCCGAGUGGGCAAGGCCAGCGUGCUCAGUGUCCCCACCCUGGAGCUCUUCCCCGACGGGCGAUUUCCUGAGAACUUCUCUGUGCUGGCCACUCUGCGUGCCCGGUCAGCGGGGCGCUCCAUUCUGCUGUCUAUUUAUGAUGAAAAGGGCGCCAGGCAGCUGGGGCUGGCGCUGGGGCCAGGCCUGGGCAUCGUAGGGGCCUCCUGGCGUCCCCUCCCUCCACCUGUCAACCUCACAGAUGGCAGGUGGCACCGCGUGGCGCUCAGCGUGGACGGCGACGUGGCCAUGCUGGUCACUGACUGUGAACGCCAGCCGUCUGUCUCGGGGAGAGGACCUGGGGUCAUCAGUACGGCUGGACACAUUGUGUUGGGGACCCAGGAGUUUCAGGAAGAGAGUUUUGAGGGGGACAUCCAGGAACUUGUGAUAAUCCCAGACCCCCAGGCCGCCUUCCAGGCCUGCGAGCAGUACCUCCCCGGCUGCGAACCCGCGGAUCCCACAACCACAGGGACCCCCCAGGAAGAGUCAGGGACCCCAACCCCUCCUCCUCGACGCAAGGGGAAAGGGAAAGGGAAAGGGAAGAAGAAAGGGCGUGGUCGCAAAGGGAAGGGCAGGAAGAAGAACAAGGAAUCCUUGGCCCCAAGUUCGACCCCCGCUGGCACCCUGGAGAACCAGACCUCCGCUGCUGUCCCCAACACGGAGACACCAAUGCCAGCUCUGUCCCCAACUGCCCCACCUGCGGUUGUCACCACUACUGUGACCAUUGGCCACAAUGUCACCAUCUUCCAGGUCAGUGGCAGGUGGAUGGACCCUGGCAGUGGAAUUGAACUGAGAAUCCCUGAGGUUGACCCGGCCGAGGAGGAUGAAGCAGGAGGCCGCCCAACUGUAGGUCCUGAAUUCCGAGCAGCAGAACAGCCAUCUAGAACUGAGUUCCAGAUCUUUCCUGGCACUGGAGAGAAGGGAGAAAAAGGAGAGCCGGCUGUGGUGGAGCAGGGUCAGCAAUUUGAAGGACCUCCGGGAUCCCCAGGACCACGAGGACUAGUUGGUCCCUCAGGACCUCCUGGUCCCCCAGGAUUUCCAGGGGACCGCGGUCUUCCGGGCCCUGCUGGCCUUCCAGGGAUCCCUGGCAUUGAUGGGGUUCGGGGUCCACCGGGCACUGUGAUCAUGAUGCCGUUCCAGUUUACAAGUGGUUCCCUCAAAGGACCUCCAGUCUCCUUUCAGCAGGCUCAGGCCCAGGCAGUCCUGCAGCAGGCCCAGCUCUCCAUGAAAGGCCCCCCCGGCCCCGUGGGGCUCACCGGGCGCCCAGGCCCUGUGGGUCUCCCUGGAUAUCCAGGUCUGAAAGGGGACUUGGGAGAAGCAGGGCCACAGGGUCCCCGAGGACUGCAGGGCCCCCCUGGGCCUCCCGGCCGAGAGGGCAAGAUGGGCCGCUCUGGAGCAGAUGGAGCUCGGGGCCUCCCGGGAGACACAGGACCUAAGGGUGAUCGAGGUUUUGAUGGUCUACCAGGCCUGCCUGGUGAGAAAGGCCAAAGGGGUGACGUUGGCCACGUGGGACUACCUGGCCCCCCAGGAGAGGACGGGGUGAAGGGAGCAGAAGGACCUCCAGGGCCCACGGGCCAGGCCGGGGAGCCGGGGCCGCGCGGUCUGAUUGGUCCCAGAGGCUCCCCUGGUCCCCUAGGACGCCCGGGUGUCACCGGAAGUGAUGGGGCCCCAGGCGCCAAAGGCAAUGUGGGACCUCCGGGGGAGCCAGGCCCCCCAGGACAGCAGGGAAACCAUGGGUCGCAGGGAAUCCCCGGCCCCCAGGGACCCAUCGGCACUCCUGGGGAGAAGGGUCCCCCUGGAAAUCCAGGAAUUCCAGGUGUCCCCGGAGCUGAGGGUCCUCCGGGUCACCCAGGCCACGAGGGUCCCACAGGAGAGAAAGGGGCGCAGGGUUCUCCAGGAUCCGCGGGCCCCCCAGGCUAUCCAGGACCUCGGGGCGUUAAGGGUACCUCUGGCAACCGGGGUCUCCAAGGAGAAAAAGGAGAGAGGGGAGAUGACGGCUUUCCUGGCUUCAAGGGUGACGGAGGGCUGAAAGGCGAUCGGGGGCAACCGGGCCCCCCAGGUCCCCGGGGAGAGGAUGGGCCUGAGGGACCGAAGGGCCCCGAGGGGCUGGCGGGUGAGGAGGGCGCUCCAGGCAUCGCUGGGGAGAAGGGCAAACUUGGGGUGCCUGGCCUCCCUGGUUACCCCGGACGUCCAGGACCCAAGGGAUCGAUUGGAUUUCCUGGUCCGCUAGGACCAUUGGGAGAGAAAGGAAAGAGGGGUAAAGCAGGACAGCCAGGCCUGGAAGGAGAGCGGGGGCCUCCAGGCUCCAGAGGAGAGAGGGGACAGCCGGGGGCCACGGGGCAACCAGGCCCCAAGGGUGAUGUGGGUCAGGAUGGGUCCACUGGCGUUCCUGGAGAAAAGGGCCUCCCUGGUCUACAAGGCCCCCCAGGAUUCCCUGGGCCAAAGGGGCCCCCUGGUCCUCAAGGGAAAGAUGGGGUAUCAGGGCACCCCGGGCCGAGAGGAGAGUUGGGCUUCCAAGGUCAGACAGGCCCGCCUGGACCCGCCGGUGUUCUGGGCCCACAGGGAAAGAUAGGGGACGCGGGGCCUCUGGGUGAGAGGGGCCCCCCAGGGCCCCCGGGACCUCCUGGGGAGCAGGGGCUCCCAGGCCUGGAGGGCAGAGAGGGCGCCAAGGGUGAACUGGGACCCCUCGGGCCUCUCGGAAAGGAGGGGCCACCUGGGCCCACAGGCUUUCCUGGUCCCCAAGGAGCCCCCGGGGAUCCCGGACCCACUGGUUUGAAGGGUGACAAGGGGCCUCCUGGUCCCAUCGGGGCCAAUGGCUCCCCCGGUGAGCGGGGUCCUGUGGGCCCAUCUGGAGGCAUUGGGCUUCCUGGCCAAAGUGGAGGUGAAGGCCCGAUGGGUCCCGUAGGAGAGAAGGGGUCCCCGGGAGAACGUGGAUCCCCUGGCCCCACUGGCAAAGACGGGGUGCCAGGACCCCUGGGGCUCCAGGGACCCCCUGGAGCUGCUGGGCCUUCUGGAGAGGAAGGGGACAAGGGAGAAGUGGGGGCCCCUGGCCACAAAGGGAGCAAAGGAGACAAGGGCGAUGCGGGCCCACCUGGACCAAUAGGAAUUCGGGGUCCUGUGGGACACCCAGGCCCCCCGGGGGCUGACGGGGCUCAGGGACGCCGGGGAUCCCCAGGCCUCUUUGGGCAGAAGGGAAAUGAAGGAGUCAGGGGCUUUGUGGGUGUGAUCGGCCCUCAAGGCUUGCAGGGACUUCCAGGCCCUCCUGGAGAGAAAGGGGAGGUCGGAGAUGUAGGAUCCAUGGGUCCCAAUGGGGCUCCUGGCCCUCGGGGUCCUCAUGGCCCCAGUGGAUCUGAGGGCCCACCCGGGCUCCCAGGAGGACUUGGCCAGCCAGGCUCUGUGGGGGAGAAGGGUGAGCCGGGCGAGGCUGGAGACCCAGGCCUCCCUGGAUCUCCAGGCAUUCCAGGACCCAAAGGUGAAGUUGGCGAGAAGGGGGACUCAGGCCCAUCGGGGGCUGCUGGAGCCCCGGGCAAGAAAGGGCCACCUGGAGAAGAUGGCUCUAAAGGAAGCAUGGGCCCCACGGGGCUCCCCGGAGAUCUGGGGCCCCCAGGAGAUCCUGGAGUUCCGGGUGCUGAUGGCCCCCCUGGGGAGAAGGGAGACGUUGGAGAUGUCGGGGGACCGGGGCCACCAGGAGCUUCUGGGGAACCUGGUGCUCGGGGUUCCCCGGGCAAAAGGGGGCCUCCCGGCCGCAUGGGUCCAGAAGGAAGAGAAGGGGAGAGAGGUGCCAAGGGAGACCCUGGGUCUGACGGACCCCCAGGACGGACAGGCCCAGUGGGGGCUCGUGGGCCGCCUGGACGUGUUGGGCCUGAGGGUCUUCCAGGAAUUCCUGGCCCUGUGGGUGAACCAGGCCUCCUGGGAUCCCCGGGGCUGAUGGGCCCUCCAGGUCCUCUGGGACCUCCUGGCCUCCCAGGGCUGAAGGGAGACUUGGGCCCCAAAGGGGAAAAGGGCCAUAUUGGAUUGAUUGGCUUAAUUGGUCCUCCUGGGGAGGCUGGUGAGAAGGGGGACCGUGGAUUGCCUGGCGUGCAGGGCCCUCCAGGCCCCCAGGGAGACCCCGGUUCUCCCGGACCUAUUGGCUCUUUGGGCCAUCCUGGGGCCCCAGGUGUGGCAGGCCCUCUGGGACAGAAAGGCUCCAAGGGUUCCCCGGGUUCCUCUGGUCCCCGCGGAGACACUGGGCCUGCAGGUCCUCCUGGACCUCCAGGUCCCCCUGCGGAGCCGCUCAGGCGUCUUCGCCGUGCCGCCCUGGGCUUCCCCGAGAGCGGCCUGGAGGAGGUGCUGGCUUCGCUCAACUCGCUGAGCCUGGAGGUGGCGCAGCUGCAGCGCCCGCCGGGCACGGCCGAGCGCCCAGGCCUGAUGUGCCACGAGCUCCACCGCCAGCACCCGCACCUGCCCGACGGGGAGUACUGGAUUGACCCCAAUCAGGGCUGCGCGCGGGACGCGUUCCGCGUUUUCUGCAACUUCACGGCGGGAGGGGAGACCUGCCUCUAUCCCGACAAGAAGUUCGAGACCGUGAAACUGGCCUCCUGGUCCAAGGAGAAGCCUGGAAACUGGUAUAGCACCUUCCGGCGAGGGAAGAAGUUCUCAUAUGUGGACGCCGAUGGAGCCCCGGUAAACGUGGUACAGCUGACUUUCCUGAAACUCCUGAGUGCCACGGCUCACCAGCGCUUUACCUACAUGUGCCAGAACUCGGUCGCCUGGCUGGAUGAGGCGACGGGUGACCACCACCGCUCCCUCCGCUUCUUGGGGACCAAUGGGGACCAGCUGUCCUUCAAUCAGACAGCGGCGGCUACCAUCAGGAUCCCCCACGAUGGCUGCCGACUCCGGAAGGGGCAGGCCAGGACCGUGUUGGAGCUCAGCUCUUCUCGAGUGGGUUUCCUGCCUCUGUGGGAUGUGGCCGCCACGGACCUUGGUCAGACCAACCAGAAAUUCGGCUUUGAACUUGGGCCCGUGUGCUUCAGCAGCUGAAGGUCUUGGGGCCGGGGGUAGAAAGAAGUAACGCGACGGAUUCCGUGCUGUGGCUCUGAAGGCGCCAUAUUUAUUAGCUUCUGGGACUCUGGGUCUUGAAGAUGGGUUUCUGUGGGUGUCUUCUCCCUGCCAGCCUGAAGGAGGGAGUUCUCUGGGUUCCCCAAGGUGGGGGGGGGGUGCUUCACUGUGCUCUGCCUCUUUCUCUGUAACCUUAUCCACCCCUUCCCUAGCGCCCCCCCAAAAAAAACGAGCUUCAAACUCAGAGCUGAUGAACUCCUCCUCCCCACUCCCCCCCCAUGCCUGUGCCCACCCUCCCAGGCUGCCAACCCUUUGGUGCUACCUUUUGCCAUAGUUAAGCACUGGAUGUUCCU